ACGCGCAUGGUGACGCGCGCGUUCCGUCCUGCGUUCCAUAGAUCUGUGGCUAUAUGUUGCGUCGCCGAAUCCGAAACUGACGAAUUUUUUUGACAUAAAAAAUACACAAAAAAUAUUUUCUUAACUAAAGACACUUUAAAAAUAUAAUAAUAAUUAAUAAACAGUAAAUUCAAAUAUAAUAAAACACGUGUUUAUAUAUAGUUGCCGCGAACCGAAGACAGUGUCGGCUGAUCCAAGUUUUUAACUACUUGUGAAUAAAUAAUUAGCGACCGGCCGGCUUCACGAGAAAUUUCACUUUUUACCAGCAAAUCUAUCUCGCACUUCUAAACUGCUUCAUCUGCAUGAAGGAAAAAUGGAAUUAUAAGCAAAAUUAUGAUGUCAGUUCAACAACACAGAAGACGAAUAAUAUACUCAUCUAAUUACAAACAUAAAAUGUAAUCGCUAUUAGAUAGAUAUUUAGACAAGUGGAGUGGAGUUUCAAAAGGCAGGAGUAACGACACAUAUAGCCAGAUAUCCGUGUAGCGUAGAUUCUUGGUGUAUUCUAGUGGUUAUAGUGUACAUAGAACGAUGGAUUUGUGGUGUUUUGCAUUUAAACUAUUACUCUUCCAAUCAUCGAUGGCGUGGUGUAGUGCGAAGCACAUAGUAAUAGAUAAUAUGCUACGAGUAGAGUAUCCCGGGAGCGACGUAGAGAAAGAGGUCCAGGAUAGCAUAAGAAACCUAAUACAUACUGGUAUCUACUCGCAUCGGCACCUGGACACAUCGCAAGUGCAAGUGGUGACCCCAGUGAAAGUGACGCGCGACGGUGAGCUGGUGUCGCACGCGCUGGAACACGCGCACGACCACGGGCACGCGCGGGCGCGCCGCGACCUGUUCCAAAGGGAGCACCGGUUACAGCACAUGCUACACUAUAACCUCACGGUAGAUGGACGAGACCUCAGGCUCGAUCUACGGCCGUCAGUAACGUUCAUAACGCCGACAAUAGUCGUAGAGCGGCACCAUGCGGAAGGCCGUACACGAGAAGUCCCGAAAGCUGCAGCAACCGCCUGCCACUAUACUGGAUCUAUACGGGGACAACCCGACUCCAGUGUGGCACUAUCCGCCUGUGAUGGAAUUGCAGGACUUUUACGAACUGAACACGGAGAAUAUUGGAUUGAGCCUUCAAACACAACUUCCACAGAUGGUUCUCCAGGUAGACCACACGUAAUAUUUAAAAGAUCUGCUGUAGAUAAAGUCAAAGCUUAUCAUAGAACGAAAAGAGAAGCCUACAGUCAGUCAGAUUCCAAUGUUUCGAAUAAUAAAAAUAGCUAUGAACGUUCAAGAAAAAAGAGUGAAGUCAAACAAGCCUUGGAACAGCGAAGAAGAAGUUAUAUGAAUGGAAUAGAAGAAAGACGAAAACGACUUGAAGCUUUAAGACGAAAUCCUACUGAAUAUAGAAGACAGCAGUCUAGGUUACGAAUGGAACAAAGAAGGAUAAAAACCAAUUCUAAAAGUUAUUCUUCAGAAUCAAGUAGGUCUUUUGAACGACCUUUAUCUGUAAUAAGAAAUAAAAGUCGAAAUAAAUCAACAAACGAACCAAGAUUACGACGUAAGAAUAGACGAAGAAGAAAUAGGCGAUCAAAGAACUGCGCAACGAAACAACCACCUUAUCAAUGGAAAACUAAAAAUUUGCAAAGGCAUGAAAUCGAAGAACAUAAAUCAAAUUCACUCAAGGACCUCAACCGAUAUCAGCAGCGUACACAUUCACGUCGACGUUAUUGGGAAGAAACGAGGCGUACUACACGGUCCGUCAGUAAACCUAGACAUGUUGAGGUGCUGCUUGUCGCCGAUAAGUCCAUGACAGAUUUUCACGAGAAAAAUAAACUAGAGGAGUAUCUACUUACUAUAAUGAACAUGGUGUCAUCACUUUAUAUGGAUCCAACUAUUGGAAACUACAUUAAAGUUGUUGUUGUGAAAAUAAUUCUUAUUGAAGAGGAAGAAACAAAGCCGAAACUAUCGGUGUCGUCGAAUGCAGAUAUAACCUUAGCAUCGUUUUGUUACUGGCAACAACUGCAGAAUCCCUAUAGUGACAGCGACCCACACCAUCACGACGUUGCCAUCCUUAUUACUAGACAAGAUAUCUGCAGCGUGCAUGACGCUCCUUGUAGCACUUUGGGCGUGGCGCACGUCGCAGGGAUGUGCAAACCUGACAGGAGCUGUUCCGUCAAUGAGGAUAAUGGCAUCAUGCUAGCACACACCAUCACCCACGAACUGGGACACAAUUUUGGUCUAUACCACGACACGGAAAAAAUCGGAUGUCACCGACGUGAAGGCUCAACGCUGCAUAUCAUGACACCAAUCUUCGAAGCCGACACUCGUCAGGUAGCCUGGUCGCGAUGCAGCAAGCGGGAUGUCACCAACUUCCUAGAUGCUGGUUUAGGAGAAUGUUUGAGUGACAAACCUUCGCAGGAAGAAUAUUACGAAUAUCCGGAAGAUCCUGCCGGUGUAAUGUUCGAUGCAGCGACGCAAUGUCACCUGCAAUUUGGCUCUGAAGCAGUGGUAUGCGCGAAGCCAACAGAACUUUGCGAACACUUGUGGUGCCUAGUCAACGACUCUUGCAAGACCAUGCUGCGACCAGCCGCACCGGGCACAACUUGUGGACCUAAUAUGUGGUGUCAGAACCAGACGUGUGUGGCUCGCACCCCCUCCCCCGCCCCCCGCGACGGUGGCUGGGGCCCGUGGAGCGAGUGGAGCGAGUGUUCCCGCACGUGCGGCGCUGGUGUCUCAACGCAAUCGCGCGAGUGCAACAACCCGCAGCCCUAUAACAAUGGAAACUAUUGCAUAGGAGACAGGAGUCGAUAUAAAAUAUGCAACACAGAUCCAUGCCCCAUUAACGAACCUACAUUUAGAGAAGUGCAGUGCGCGCGAUACAAUAACAAAACAUAUAAGAACAUGACUAUCGCCGAGUGGAUUCCAUACUUUGAUCAAGAUAGACCAUGUGAGUUGAAAUGUACCCCACACGAUGACAACGACUUGGAAAUAGCAGCGGGCUUCGUUAUAGAUGGCACUCCUUGUAGACAAAACCCUGGGGCCAGAGACAUGUGCAUAUCUGGAAUCUGCUACAAAGUGGGCUGCGAUUGGAUCGUAGAUUCAGAGAAGGAAGAUGAUGCAUGUGGGGUAUGUGGGGGUAAUGGCUCUGAUUGCAAAACAGUAAAAGGCAUCUACAACAAGGGCACCACCAGACAAUCUGGACUCAGUGAGGUUGCUGUCAUACCAGCUGGAUCAAGAAACGUAAAGAUUCAAGAAAAAGUCAGUCCUGGUAACUACAUUUCAAUUGGAAGCGCAAAAUCGAGAAAGAUUUAUCUUAGUGGAGCACGAAAUACCGCGCUAACGGAAUAUUUCGUAGCAGGAUCCCAAGCUAUAUACGAACGAGACCGCGAUUGGGAGAAAGUAAGAAUACAAGGUCCCAUCGCUGAGGAUAUUAAAGUUUAUCAACGAAUAUGCCGUGGCCUUCAUCGCAACCCUGGUGUGACGUACCAGUACACGGUGGACCGUGAGCGGCAGCGACAGUUCAGGUAUCGGCUGUCCGAGUGGUCCCCCUGCUCGGUUACCUGCGGCCUUGGCUACAUGCGACGACAACACGAAUGUGUCGAUAAAAAUAACCGGCUGGUGGAGCAAUCACAGUGCUAUCACAUCGAACAACCUCGCCACGAGGCUCUGAUGCAACAGUGCCGCCAGCCCAGCUGCCCACCGCCGUCGACCACACCGUCGACAACUCAGUCAACGAAGACUCCACAGGGACGAGUGUUCUGGCUUACAGGGUCGUGGAAGCCGUGCCCUAAAGUUUGUUACAUGCCGGGCGAAGAAGUAAUGAAACAGCGCGCAGUGUACUGUGUCGACAGAUUAACGAACACUGUUAUACACGAUUUACAUUGUGAUCCGGCAACUAAACCGAAUAACACAGUCAAAUGUAAUGUACCGGCAUGCUAAUAUACCAACGAUGGGAAAAUAUAGUAUUUCUCGUAGUGAAAUUGUGAUUAAAAAAUUAAUUAAUCAUGCGAACAAGGUAUGAAUGAAACAUCAGAAAGAUAGUGAUAGUAAGAAGGUGAGUGCAAUCGUGUAGUUGAGUGAUAAAAAUGUACCUAAGGUGUAAUCGGGUAAUUGUGAUAUUCCAAAAAUUACAAAUACAUCGCUUUAACAACAGAGCUUUACGCCAACCACAACAGAACCUUAGACGCCAUUCUAACACAUUUUCUCGAUAAUAUUGACUUAAAUUGCUACUCAAGUAGUAUUACUGCUCGAAGCCACAUUUCGCAUUUUUUCCAAAAUGACGUAUACACAUUUGAAUUAACCUUAUCUCAAAUGUAGUAAUAGUACCUACCUAUGUGAGAUUGUAUACAAUUAAUAUAAAUUGUUGUAUAAUAUUUUCUUUGAUUAUAUAGAUAGAGUGUCUCUAUACAAAUGCUUCGAGGAAAACGGGUCAACCUUUUCAAAAAAUUUUGCGCGAUAAAUAGUUAUGAAUGUUUCCAAUGUAACUUCUAUAUUUAUUUUGUUUUAUAAUUUUUGCAUCUUUUUAAUGCGUAAAACUCAUUUUAUUUAUUAAAUAGUUAAAUAUAGAUACGUCAAGAUACAUUAUGUGCGUAAGUUAAUUUUAAACCGUGAAUUGAUUUGGCUAAUUAUAUAGUGACAAUUAGCUGACAAAAAGUUAAUCCCUUUUUGACACUCGAUUCUCUAUGUAUAUAAUUUAAGAAUAUUCUAUAUUAUUUGUAUAUAAUUACUAACUAUAAAUAUAAAUAAAAUCCAUGUCAUUCAGAAUUACCGGAACAUAUUACAAAAUUACACUUAUAAUAAAAAAAUACCAAUGCUGAUUGGUUAAUUAUAAUAAUUACCUACUAACGUCUAGUCAAUUUUUCUUAAAGCUUUCGCAAUUACCCGAAUGAACCUUAUAAUUAACAAUUAGCGAGCACAUGCCACCGAUUUGCCUUUUAGGGCGAAAAAACUUGACAAGAGUAGAUUUUAAAAUGUUAUAUGUGCGUAAAUGAGAAACCGAUGAAUUGUUUGUCGAUAGUAUAAAUCGUUAGUGUUUUAAAUAAGCUCUCAGUGAACUGAACAGACGCCGAUGUUGUAAAAUGUAAUUAAAAAAAUUGUUACCCCCCACUAUCAUUGUGCUAUGUGUUCAUAUAGGAGGAUCAAAUAUAUUCAUAUCUAUUUUUUUAUAAUAUUUUGUUUACUAAAUAUAUUUUUUUUAUAAAAGAUAAAGUAUGCUUAAACUGCCAUAUUAAUACUUAAGUUUAGUUUUAACAGUCUCCGCUUAGUAAUAAUAAAUUAAUGCUACUAAGUACAUAGGUAAUUAUUUUUUUUAUUUAUUACAUAUUCUGUAACGUCAGUAUUAAAGUCAUGUACGUAUUUUGUUUUCUCAUGAAUGUGAGCGUAAUUUACGUAGAUUAUUAAUAAAUUUGGACCAAAAAAUUAAAUCAAUUACACAUUGCCAUGAUUAUGUAGUCACAGACAAAUUUAGAUUACUACUAAAUUAAAAUAUUAUUAUAGGCUCUCAAGGUGUUUCUUGAACGGACUAGAUACUUUUAAUUUAGUUACGUUUGUAUAAAUAAACUACUUAACACCAUAAGAAUAAUAUCUGAUACUCAUUAUAGAUAUACGUAUAAGAUGUCUGGAACGGACAAACCAGCCUUCCACAUAUCUCGAUAUACUUGGUAGUUUUGUAUAUAUUUUUUUACUUAUACUAUCUAGGUACUGUGAUCAUUUACUGCCAAUGUCACAUGAAAUUCUAAUGUAUUCUCGUAUUAUAUAUUUACCAACCAAGUACUCUUUAAUGAGAGUUAUUUAAUUUAUUUAACAAAAUUAUUAUUUUGUUAGAGACACCUAUGCACAAUAGUACAUGGGCGAGAACCAAAUUGAAUAGGAUAUAAAAAGAAGUGCAUUUUAAUUGUCGUAAAGAUUGGAAGUUUGUAAUUAGACAAAAUAAAUGUGAGUGUUUAUACUAUAUAAACACGUUUGUAGCAUAUGAUAAAAACUUAUCGAUAGAAAAUUUAUUAGUGUAUUAGACACGAAUUCAUAGGGUUCCGCAACCUAUUAUCCAAUACCACUUGUAGGUUGGCAGGUAGCUACCAAUUUAAAUUGUCAACUGACUUAAUUUAAUUUAUGGGUAUAAUCUUGGAUUAAUUUCUUUUAAUUAACACUACCUUUUCAAGAACAUCAAUGAUAGGAUUCUAGCAAUUUAGAAAAUUGUUUGUAUUUUGACAGAUGUGUAAUGAAGAAGUUUCACCGUAAAUAGGUACAUAUACAUACAUGAACAGCACAAAAAAAUAUCGUAAUUUAUGUAAAUAUUAGAAACUGCGUGCUGAUUAAGGUCUUCAAGUAGAUGUGUCACGCUUAUCUUUUUUCUCGAAAUAUGAGAUUAAUGUUAAUCUGGUAUACUAGAAAGAAAAAGAGAAAGUAUUUUUAUGUAAGUAAACUUAGAUUUAAGCAUUUCUGAAUAAUCGUUGUUUCAUUAUUUCAUUUCCCAUUCAGAAUGAAACAUCAGGCAAGAAACUGAGGUGUUGUUUUUUUUUUUUUAAUAAAAUAUAUGUAUAAAAAAAAUAAAUCAAAUCAGUCCAUAUAGGCAGCGUCCGUCACGAGUAUAAUGAAGAGUCAGCCAUCAUUGCGUUAAAUCGUACUUUAGGAAACUAGGGUAUGAGUUUACCAUGUUACAUUAGACUAAGAAAAACAUCAUCAUCAGUACAUUUAUUAAAAAUAUCAGCUAGAUAUAGAACAAUAGGGUUAAUGAAUGUAGCAAUAACACUGGCAGGUAGGUAUGCCCCAAUAAACUUCCGUAUUUUUUUAAUUCGUCUAAAGGUUUUUAUUAUUGUGAAUAGGAAUAAUAUAUUCAAAUUUAAACUGAUUUCGCCACUUUUGUAAAUGACAUCAAAGACGAUGUAAUUUCAAUCGAAAUAUGGACAAAGUAUUUUCCAAAAAUAUCUACUAUAUCACGCGUUGAUGUUAUUAGAUUAUUAUUAUGAUUGUAUGUAAAAUCCUUACAGCUAGUUUUACUUUUUCCAGUUACUCUGUUUAUAGUAUCCCAUACAGUUUUAAUUUUAUUUUGAUAUUCUUUAAUUUCUUUAUAUAGACAAUUAUAGACUAGAUUUAGUGAAACAUCAUAAAGGUACCAACUCUGUGAUGUGAUAUAAUCAUGGAGUAUUUCUGUCGUAGGAACUUCGAAUGACGCCCUAUUUGCUCAUUAUACAAGCACCUGACUGUAGAUAUAAGGAAUCAAAAACAUAAGCACAUAAUAUGAAUAAAAUCUUAACCAUUUGUAGUCGUGGUGAAACUGUAAUAUACAGGCAAAUAGCCAAGUUAGUUCACGCAUAAAGUAACUACGGAACCCUAUUGAUACAUCUACUUAACAAAAAUAUUGACAAAGACAACGCACAUGUUAAAGUUGCUAGUCUUUAAGCAUAUUUUUUUUUUUUUACCUAAUAAUAUAACGUGGAUGAAUACUGUUUUUCAGAAAUUAACACAGAAAAAGUUUAUAUAUAUACAUAUGUAUGUAUAUGCAUUUUGAGUUUGAGUGUGAAAAAAGCAACCUAGUCUACCUUUUUCAAUUUUUGUAGAUUAAUUUGUUAAAUGUGAUGCAUUAUUAAAGAUCUGUUUAGAUUUACUUUAUAUGUACUCAAUCGUGUAAUUUUAACAAUAGGUAUCAUUAACAAAUAAUGAGUAAAGAAAGCCACUUAAAACUAGAUAUUUUUAUUUAUUAAAAAUUUAAAAGCUAGUGGUAAUUGUCUUAUGUAAACGUAAUUAAGUAACAUCAGAAUCGCUUUCAUUUGAGGCAAUGCGGAAUCCUGUUAUUAGUUAAAUAUUAUAAUACCUAUAUUAAAAUUUAACCUAUUACUAUACCUAGUUGUAAUAAUAUGUACAGAAUAUUUUUAAACUAAUAAUAAUAAUUCCCUUUUAAGUAAUUAGAUUUUAAAUAAAAUAUCAUAUUGAUGUUUUAAAUAAGUAUAAUAGGCAUGUAUGUAAUUUAGAUAUGAAAUUAAAACGAAUUUUGUUUUUAA